AUUUAUUUAUAUAAGAAAUUGAAAACUCAUAAUUUUGUGUAUAUAUAUGCACUGUUGCUUUGAAACAACAACAAAUUUCACAGAGACUCUUCCUUUGAGAGAGAACCUAAGAAACUUUUACUGUAUCAUAUCACCAAUCCUCAAGAACUCUAAUGGCUUUUAUUUCUGAGGUCAACAUGAGCUUCUCUUCUCACUACAUGGAUGAUGAAUAUGAGAAACUCUUCAGGAGAAUGAACCCUCCUAGGGUUGUAAUUGAUAAUGAAGCCUGCAAGAAUGCCACUGUUAUAAGGGUUGAUAGUGCAAACAAACAUGGAAUACUUCUAGAAGUUGUUCAAAUCCUCACUGAUUUAAAUCUCAUCAUUACUAAGGCUUACAUAUCUUCUGAUGGUGGAUGGUUCAUGGAUGUUUUUAAUGUAACUGACCAAGAUGGAAACAAGGUCACAGAUGAAGCCAUUUUGGAUUACAUUAGAAAGUCUCUCGGUCCGGAAUCAUGCUUUCCAUCGCCUGGGAGAUCUGUCGGUGUUAAACAAACAAUGGAUCACACUGCGAUAGAGCUAAUGGGAAGUGAUAGACCAGGGUUACUCUCGGAAGUGAGUGCGGUUCUUACCAACCUCAAAUGCAACAUAGUGAAUGCCGAAGUUUGGACACAUAACAUGCGCGCAGCCGCUGUAAUGCAUGUUAAUGACGAGGAAACUGGUUCUGCUAUAACUGAUCCUCAGAGGCUUUCACUAAUCAAGGAGCUUCUAUGCAAUGUGCUUGGUGGUGGAAAUAGGAAAAGGGGUGCUAAAACAGUUGUCACUGAUGAUUCCACGCAUACCGAUAGAAGGCUUCAUCAGAUGAUGUUUGCUGAUAGAGAUUACGAACGUGUCGAUGAUGAUGACUUUGAUGAGAAGCAAAGACCAAAUGUUAAUGUUGUUAAUUGGUCUGAUAAAGAUUAUUCUGUUGUUACCAUUGAAUCGAAGGAUAGGCCGAAACUUCUUUUCGACACUGUUUGUACUUUGACAGAUAUGCAAUAUGUCGUUUUUCAUGCAAAUAUUGAUGCUGAGGGGCCACAAGCAUAUCAGGAAUAUUACAUCAAGCAUAUAGAUGGUUCACCUGUAAAAUCAGAUGCGGAAAGACAAAGAGUGAUACAAUGUCUUGAAGCUGCAAUUGAGAGAAGAGUUUCUGAGGGUUUGAAGCUUGAAAUCUGCACCACCGACAGGGUUGGACUAUUAUCUAAUGUCACACGUAUCUUUAGAGAGAAUAGUCUCACUGUUACAAGGGCAGAAGUAACAACCAAAGGUGGAAAAGCUGUUAACACUUUCUAUGUUCGUGGAGCUUCUGGUUGUGUUGUUGAUUCUAAGACAAUUGAAUCCAUAAGGCAAACAAUUGGAAACACAAUACUAAAAGUAAAGGGUAGUCCUGAAUCUGUACCUCAAGAUUCUCCUACAAGAUCAUCUAUCUUUAGUGGACUUUUCAAGUCUAGAUCAUUUGUUAACUUUGGAUUGGUUAAGUCUUACUCUUGAAUAUUUAAGAAGUCAUUGUGUUUGUGUUUGUGUGUGUGUGCUCUCCUUUAUUGUAUAGUUAAUCAUUUGGAGAUGCAAAAUGGUUAUGGUUUAGAGGAAGUUUGACUUUAGUUUAGUGAGUAGGAACACUAGCAUAUCUUAAAAAAGGUUGAACCUUAGGGAGUGUUUGGUUGUAAAUUCUUAAACCCCUCAUGCUUUAGCUUUAGCUUUUUUUACUAAUCAAUAUGAAUCCAAUCGGUAGUUGGAGUAAUGAAAGCAAAUUGAGAAACUUGAUUGUGUAAACCUUGAAAGUUUCAAGUGUCAUCAUUUGUAUAUAUACUCAUUUGAUUUUUAGGAAGCUUACAUAUUUUCUUA